AAUGAAUACAGAAUAGCUCAGAGGUGAGAUGUUGCUUGUGAAGAGGUUAAAGGAGGGAGUAAGAAGAAAACCAGGCAGUCCUGCUAAUGUCCCAUCAGCUGAGCUUCUAGCUGUAACCCCACCAGGUGGUCCUCACUUCAACAUCAUGCUGCACCUCACCCUGCUCCUCCAUCUCCUGGUCCUCUCUCUCUCCCCUGCAGAUGCAUCAAUGCACGAGGAGGUACCCGGCUUUUAUGGAGAAGAAGCCACAGGUUAUGGGCCGGUGUUUGAGGAGCAGCCGGUGGAUACCAUCUACCCCGAGGAGUCGCCCGAGGCAAAAAUCACCAUGAGCUGCCGGGCCCGAGCCGAUCCACCUGCCACAUACAAGUGGAAGCUGAACAACAUUGACAUUGACUUGAAUACACAAGAACGCCACUACAGUUUAGUAGGAGGCAACUUGGUCAUUAGCAAACCCAUUAAAACAGAACACGUAGGCCAGUACUUCUGUUUGGCUACCAACAUCUAUGGCACAGUCAUCAGCCGAGAGGCCUCGGUCCAGUUCGGAUAUCUCGACCUUUUCUCGUCGGAGGAGAGGGAGUCGGUGUACGUCAAAGAGGGACAGGGGGCAGUGCUGCUCUGCGCUCCCCCACCACAUCAUCCAGAUGAGCUGUCAUUCCGAUGGAUCCUGAAUGAAUUCCCCACCUUCAUCCCACUGGACAAGAGGCGCUUUGUCUCCCAGAUAACGGGUAACCUCUAUAUCUCCAAGGUGGACUCCUCCGACAGCGGCAACUACUCCUGCAUUGCUUCCAGCCCAUCCAUUUCCAAGAGCGUUUUCUCCAACUACAUCCCCCUCGUACCUCUGGCUGAACGUCCCAUCAGGAAAUACCCUGCUGACCUCAAAGUCAAGUUCCCAGACACCACUGCUCUGGUGGGACAGAAUAUCACCUUGGAAUGCUUUGCUCUGGGGAAUCCUGUCCCCGAGAUCCGCUGGAAGAAGAUAGACGGACCGCUUCCACUCACUCACGAGGUGCGGAUGGCGGGGGCUCAUCUGCACCUGUACAAUGUGCAGUCUGAAGACGCGGGCAGCUAUCAGUGUGAGGCUGUGAACUCCAGAGGGAAGGACUACCACGCUGCACGUGUGUCCGUAGAAGCUUUUCCUGAGUGGGUGGAGCACAUCAGCAGCACAGAGCAGGACCUGGGCAGAGAUUACACCAUGUCCUGCAUAGCCAGCGGCAAACCUGAACCACGCAUCCACUGGCUGAAAAAUGGACAACCGUCUCACAAGAAAGAGAUGAGGUUCAGCAGCUUGACAUUCGAUGAUUCAGGGAUGUACCAGUGCAUUGCAGAGAACAACCACGCAAUCAUAUAUGCUACUGCAGAGCUGCGUGUGUAUGCCUGUGCUCCCACGUUUGAACACAACCCUGUGAAGAGAGUCCUGGCAGCUAAAAAAGGCCGGGUGGUGAUCGAGUGUCGACCCAAAGCGGCUCCAAAGCCCAACUUCUCCUGGAGCAAAGACACAGAGCUGCUCCACAACUCCACCAGGGUGUUCAUCUGGGAGGAUGGGAGCCUGGAGAUCCUCAACGUGACGCGGGCAGAUGAAGGCAGAUACACCUGCUUCGCCGAGAACGACCGGGGCAAAGCUAACAGCACGGGCUCUCUGGUGGUUACAGAUUCCACAAAGAUCACCCUGGCACCGUCCAACGCUGACGUUAAAGUGGGUGAGAACACCAGGAUGCAAUGUGCCGCGUCAUAUGACCCCUCCCUGGACAUCACCUUCAUCUGGUCCCUGGAUGGCCGGGUCAUUGACCUACACAAGGAGAGUCAACAUUAUGAACGCACCCUGAAUGGAAGCUCAAACGGAGAGCUACUGAUUAGGGACCUCCAGCUGAAGCAUGCCGGACGCUACACCUGCACCGCACAGACCCCCAUUGACAAUGUUACCGCCUCGGCCCACCUGGUCGUCAGGGGUCCCCCCGGUGCACCAGGUGGGGUGCGAGUGGUGAACAAAACUGACCAGAAUGUAACAUUGCAGUGGAGCCGUGGAGCAGACAACCACAACCCCAUCUCCAAAUACACCAUCCAGUACAGGGACUCCUUCUCAAAGGAUGUCUGGAAGAAUGCAACUACAUCUCCCACAGAUGUUGAAGGGAACACAGAGAUGGCCACAGCUGUGGAUUUGAUCCCCUGGAUGGAAUAUGAGUUCAGAGUGAUUGCCACCAGCACUCUGGGGACGGGAGAGCCAAGCAGCCCUUCACCUAAAAUCAAAACCCUGGAAGCAUUUCCUGUGGUGGCGCCCUCGGACGUCGGUGGCGGUGGAGGAAAUAGCAGAGAGCUGACCAUCACGUGGACGCCUGUACAGCCACAGUACUACUAUGGGCCUGAUUUUGGCUACAUUGUGGCCUUCAAACCACAAGAUGGAACCCAGUGGAUGAGGGUGACAGUGGCUGACCCCCAGGCCAAGCGCUACGUCCACAAAGACUCCACCAUCCCUCCGAUGACAGAUUAUCAAGUCAAAGUCAAAGCAUUCAACAGGAAAGGAGAGGGACCCUUCAGCCUCACAGCCGUCAUUUCUUCUGCACAGGACGCUCCAUCUGAAGCUCCUGUUAGGGUUGACGGCAGAGCUCUCUCCGCCACGGAGGCCAUCGUCUGGUGGCUGCCUCUCUCACAGAGCAAUAUAGAUGGAUACCAGGUGAAGUACUGGAGGAAUCAUGAAGACAGUGAAGGGGGGGCCCAGAGGGUGGUGGUACCCGGCAGUGAGAACCACACCAGGCUGGAGGGUAUGAAGCCGGACUCCCACUACCUUAUCGAGGUUCGGGGCUACAACUCUGCAGGAUACGGGCCGGCCAGCGAACACCACCAGAUCCACACCAAGAGACCCCCUCCAAGUCGAGCUCCCAAAAUACUUGGUAAAAAGUUCAAGGGCCAGUCUGUAAAUAUUGCCUGGGAACCGGUGAAACCGCUUGCUAACGAGGCAUCAAUAGAAGGUUAUAAAGUGCUGUACAGGCAGCAGGGCCACUCCACAGGCACUCUGUACACCACCACCAGGCAGAACAUCGACCUUCCCAUGUUCUCAGACGGGAACUAUGUGGUGGAGGUCCGGGCACACUCGGAGGGAGGAGACGGGGCUGUGGCACAAAUCAGCAUCACAGGUGGAGGUGUCAUGUCCGCCCCGUCUCUCAGCGUGCUCUCUCUGCUCCUGGUGGCUUCCCUCUGCCUGAACCUCUGAAUGUAGCGCCAUCUUUGUCUUCACUUCCCGUGAAGAAGACUCUUAAUGGUUGACGCCUAUGAGGACUUCGGGACUCUUUCCACAAUCUCUUUGGUUCCAUCCCGUUAACCCCGGGACGUCAUAUUCCAACCCUCCCCCCUCCGGAAUAUGUUUGUGGAAAUAGACACAGAAAUGGAAAAAAAAUUGGAAAUGGACAAAGACAUCCCUUAUUUAUCCACAAAAGGCCUCUUUGGAGGAGUGAAAAAAGGAGUUCUGUCAACUUUUUAAAUAUGCCUUAUAUAAAUGACUGCACUUAUCUUUCACAAUAACUUGUUUUAAAAUGGAACAUCACUGAAAGUGUGAAUGUUACACUUAAGAUUUUCCGUUAUGUCUAUUAGCAUCAUGAAGCCAACCUUUCUAACAUCAAUAACAUUGGUGUUUGUUCAGAACUGUGGGCUUCAUUUGAUCUGUGAUAUUUAAGGAAAAUCUAUCCUACAGUGCAUCCUAUAGUAAAAAGGUAAACAAGUAACUGUGAAGGACGAGUGUACGAGUUUAUAAAUAUGUCUUUAUGUCUUUCUUUACUUGCAGUUCAGUGGCAUUUUUCUUUUCAAAAAUGAAGCACACCCUUUGUUACAGAGAUACAGUGAAAACAAAUCUCAUCCUUUCAUACUUGCUUUUUGAUAACAAACAUCAUAGAGGAAAGAUCAAUUUAUGUCAUGCUGAAAUAAUAUAUCCAACAAUUGGUAUUGUUUUGCUACCUAAUAUAAUAUGGAUGUUAUUUGACGAAAAACAGAUUGGGAUGACCUGCAAUCAAAGCUUAUUUACAAAUCAUAACACAGGCUCUAUUGGUAGAAAACCACUUUCUUAUUGCGUGCAUGUCGACAUUGUUACAUGGAAGGAAAGAGAUAGAUAUGGUUCAAAAGCGUUUGGGAGUUUAGGCACACGGAUCCAGAUGUGCAAAGCUGAAUGUAAAGCAAACCAGAGCAGGAAGUAAACUGAACAACCUAUCAGACAUGUAGUUUCAAAUGUUUCGAGCUUUAGCAAACGUCAUGUGACAGUGGUUAUUUUGAGUGCUCGCCACCUCUGGUUAUAGUUGUACUACCUGUGCAGUGAUCAAGGCUUUACCACAACAUCUGGGUCAUUGCUGAACUAAACCUAAACUAAAAAAAAAAACUACUUUUGUUUUGACUGUAUCAUUAGGACCUCCGUGGUAACAGCUGGUGCUUUGUAAAGAAUGUUGGCAUUUUUAUGUGUAAACAUUUGUCAUUUCAUCAAUGGCUUUGUGUGAGAGUCACUAUUAACAGUUAUAGUGAACGGUAGCGACGCUCAUGCCCUCCAAUAAGCGUGCAAUGUAUGAUUCAUCCGUGGCUACUUUAUAUUUUCUAAUAAGACAACUUGCCUAGCUCCUAUAACAGUUAUCUAAUUUCAUUUUUCAUCAUCUGGAACAACAGAUGAGAAGCAAAGCCAUCCAUGUCAGUGGCAAGAGCCCAUCAAAACGUAGUUUCCACUGCAUUAUUUUUGUCUUUUUAUUAACAUGUGAUCAGAGAUAUAUAAAUAUUAUCAACUGUUGUCGUUUUUUUUGUUUAUGAUUAUCAUAUUUGUAUGUCAUGAUCCGCCUCUAGUUGGACAGUUUAAAACUUUAUUUCCCUCGAAUGGAAGAGAACAAAUGCUGCGAUUUUGAAUCCCACCGAGUUAUUUCCUGUGUGACUGACGCUGGCCGUGCUUCAACAUUGUGACUAUAUCAACAUCCACCACAAAGUGCUUUUCCCAGUUUUCCUUCAUGCGACAAAUCAUAGAAAAAAGAGUUGCCAAAUGCAUGAAUGCCUUGAACUUUUUGACGUUUUGGAAGAAGCAGCGGCUCUUCAUUCUAACAUGCAUGACACCGGAGACGAAGCGGUGCGUUACAUUGCAACAAAUCGACAUCAUAGCAACCUCUCAGCUUCAUAUGAAACACAUUCCAUUCCUGAGUGACAUCCCUUUACGUCAGAGACAGUGUAGCCUAGUAUGUGCAUUAGCUGCUGAACUACGUUAAGCCGGUCAUUUUUCAUAUGAAGUCUUGGAAAGAGGAUUUUUAGAGAGAAUAUUAAACUGACAAAAGGAAUCUCAUUUAGUCAAGGUCAGAAAUGGUCCUGGAGUCCAGAGCGCACAAACCAUGGUGGGGAUUUGAUGGCAUCACUGGUGGCAGUGGCGGCAUGUUUGGCUGUUUACUGGGAGUUCAGUGCUUCGCUGGACUUGUGAGGGAUGAAACUGGAACCUCUCAUUGGCUGGACAAAGGAACAAUAAAAGUGUAGUUA